ACGCGCAGCCCCAUCUCUGACAGGUGGGUCGAGGUGUGGAUUCGACUCGGAGCCCCAGUUCUGAGUUUCGUGCAAACGACCCGUCGACACAACGAUGUGGAAGUCUGUGGUGGGACACAACGUCAGUGUGAAAGCGGAGGCGGAGGGGGACGACUGGGACACGGAUCCUGAUUUUGUGAACGAUGUGUCCGAGCAGGAGCAGCGAUGGGGUGCGAAGACCAUCGAGGGAUCGGGGCGCAGCGAGCACUUCAGUGUGCACCAGUUGCGGGAGCACGUGUCGAAGGAGCACGAGGAGAAGAAGAAGAAGGAGAUGGCGGAGGGGCCCAAAGCCUCGUACGGAUACGGGGGCAAGUUUGGGGUAGAGAAAGAUCGCAUGGACAAGGUUGCCAUGGGGCACGGCUACGUGGCAGAGGUGGACAAGCACUCCUCUCAGACCGACGCGGCUCAAGGGUUCGGGGGGAAGUACGGGGUGCAGAAGGAUCGCAUUGACAAGACUGUCCCUGCACUGUUUGUGACCUCUGUGUUCUCCCACCAUCUCUCUCCCCCUCCCCCUCUCUCCUGUUCAGAUUACUCAAAGGGCUUUGGAGGGAAGUACGGUGUGGAGCGAGAAAAGGUGGAUAAAGCAGCAUUGGGGUACGACUACAAGGCAGAGACAGAGAAACACGAGUCCCAGAAAGAUUACUCAAAGGGCUUUGGAGGGAAGUACGGUGUGGAGCGAGAAAAGGUGGAUAAAGCAGCAUUGGGGUACGACUACAAGGCAGAGACAGAGAAACACGAGUCCCAGAAAGAUUACUCAAAGGGCUUUGGAGGGAAGUACGGUGUGGAGCGAGACAAGGUGGAUAAAGCAGCUCUGGGGUACGACUACAAGGCAGAGACAGAGAAACACGAGUCCCAAAAAGAUUACACCAAGGGUUUUGGGGGGCGCUAUGGUGUGCAGACAGACCGCAUGGAUAAGGGCGCCGCCUCCUUCACUGAGAUGGAGGCACCAACGUCCUCCUAUCAGAAAACCCAGCCCGUCGAGGCAUCGAGCAGCGGGGCCAGCAGUCUGAAGGCACGCUUUGAGAACAUGGCCAAGGCGACGGGCGAGGAGGACCGCCGGAGAGCCGAGGAGGAGCGAGCGAGGAGACAGGCCCGUGAGAAGAGAGAGCAGGAGGAGGCACGCAAGAGACAGCAGCAGGAAGCAGAGUUGAGCACCAGAGAGGAGGAGGAGGAGCCUCCUGCUCCAAAAGCCCCUGCCAUACCAUCCUCAAGAGCCCCGCAGGCGCCUCCAGCACUGCCCGAGAGACGAAGAGAGGUGCCUGAGCCAGUGCCUGAACCAGAGUCUGAACCAGAGUCUGAACCCUGCUACAGGCAGGUGGAGGAGCAGGAGGACCCUGAGUACGAGGAGCCCCCCGAUCUGCCCCCACGCUUGGUGGAGAUGCCCAGCACGAAGGAGGAGGAGGAGGAGGAGGAACCGGGAGUCUACGAGGAUGUUUCAGUACUCACAAGCACUGACACAGCUGCAGAGAAUGAGUACGAGGAGGCUCCAGCAGGCCUGUGUGCAGUGGCUCUCUAUGAUUACCAGGGAGAGGGCGAUGAUGAGAUCUCCUUCGACCCGGACGACAUCAUCAGAGGCAUUGAGAUUGUGGACGAGUCGUGGUGGAAGGGGCAAUGCCGCGGCCGUGUUGGGCUGUUUCCUGCCACAUACGUGGAGCUCAUGCAGUGAACGCCUCCUGUGGCCUUGGCUAUUCUCACAUCUCUCUAUCUUGCUCUCUUUUGCUCUCUCUCUCUCUCUCUCUCUCUCUCUCUCUCGCUGUGCUGCCAGUAAUGCAGCAUCGCACUGUAAUUAAUCCAGGCAGUUUCAGCUCCUUUUGAAAUGUUUAAGAGUAUGACGCAGCAGCAGCAGUGUGUUUGAGCCCCAGCCCCGCUCCCCUUGCCAGUGCCCCAGCAGCAGCAGUGUGUUUGAACCCCAGCCCCGCUCCCCUUGCCAGUGCCCCAGCAGCAGCAGUGUGUUUGAACCCCAGCCCCACUUCCCUUGCCAGUGCCCCAGCAGCAGCAGUGUGUUUGAACCCCAGCCCCGCUCCCCUUGCCAGUGCCCCAGCAGCAGCAGUGUGUUUGAGCCCCAGCCCCGCUCCCCUUGCCAGUGCCCCAGCAGCAGCAGUGUGUUUGAACCCCAGCCCCGCUCCCCUUGCCAGUGCCCCAGCAGCAGCAGUGUGUUUGAACCCCAGCCCCGCUCCCCUUGCCAGUGCCCCAGCAGCAGCAGCAGUGUGUUUGAACCCCAGCCCCACUCCCCUUGCCAGUGCCCCAGCAGCAGCAGUGUGUUUGAACCCCAGCCCCGCUCCCCUUGCCAGUGCCCCAGCAGCAGCAGCAGUGUGUUUGAACCCCAGCCCCGCUCCCCUUGCCAGUGCCCCAGCAGCAGCAGCGUGUUUGAACCCCAGCCCCGCUCCCCUUGCCAGUGCCCCACCAGCAGCAGUGUGUUUGAGCCCCAGCCCCGCUCCCCUUGCUAGUGCCCCAGCAGCAGCAGUGUGUUUGAGCCCCAGCCCCGCUCCCCUUGCCAGUGCCCCAGCAGCAGCAGUGUGUUUGAACCCCAGCCCCGCUCCCCUUGCCAGUGCCCCAGCAGCAGCAGUGUGUUUGAACCCCAGCCCCGCUCCCCUUGCCAGUGCCCCACCAGCAGCAGUGUGUUUGAGCCCCAGCCCCGCUCCCCUUGCCAGUGCCCCAGCAGCAGCAGUGUUCGAGCACCAGCUUUUUUGUCCUUGAAUUCAGACUAGGCUCAGAUAUUACAAUGCAAGCCAUAAUAAGUUCAGGUAGAGGACGUGGGGCUCCACAGUCUCAUACCUGGAAGAGGUCAUGUUUAAAAGUAGCUGGAGGUGAGAUCAUUCCCUAGCACUGCAGCAUGUGUCUCUGUGCUGGAUGAGGCCGGUCCUCGUGUGUAUUGAAUGCAGUGUACCUGCAGUGCCGGGUAUUGUUCACAUGGAACCCAAAGGUGUGAUAUGAAUGUGGAUACGCACCGGGAGUAUCUGUAGCGAGCUGUGCAGAACACCAUGGCUUUACCAGGAUGUGCUUUCGGACAGGCACUCGCUUUGUAGUCUGGGCUCUUAUUGUUGUUCACUUGAUGAUUGUCAUUUCUUUUUUUAUUCUUACAAGACUGUACAUAUUGUCAUGUAAAAGCAGAAGAUGUGCAAUGAAAUAAAACAGAUGCUUAAAGUAA